AUGGGCAAUGCAGGAGAGAUAGUGAAUGUAGAAGCAGAAUCAUUAAUGCCUCUUCCUCUGGUUUCAAUGAACCACGUCUCUUUUGUUUGUAGGAGUGUGCAAGAAUCUGUGAAAUUCUAUGAAAAUGUCCUCGGAUUUGUCCUUAUUAAGAGGCCAUCUUCCUUCAAUUUUCAAGGAGCUUGGUUAUUCAACUAUGGCAUUGGCAUUCACCUACUAGAGUCAGAUAAAGUUCCAGUGAAAAGAAGAGAGAUCAACCCAAAAGAAAACCAUAUUUCGUUUCAGUGUUCAGACAUGAAGAUUAUAAUGAAGAAGCUUGAAGCAAUGAAGAUAGAAUAUGUGACAGCAGUUGUGAAAGAUGGUGGAAUUAAGGUUGAUCAGCUCUUCUUUCAUGAUCCAGAUGGUUAUAUGAUUGAAAUAUGCAACUGCCAAAAUCUACCUGUGCUUCCUAUUUCCACUACUAAAGAAAUCCAAACCCCACCCUUUUAUGGAGAAGCAAAGAACUAUUAUGCACAAGAUGUUUUGUUGAUGAUGGAUAAAUUGAUGAUAGAUAUGUUAAGGAUUUCAAUAUGA